AACUUUUCUGAAAUGUUCUUCAACAGGAAUUUCUUGGUCAAGAUGACUUCUGUUUGCCCAUUCACUAAAGCCGCACGCCCAGAUGAUACCUGUCCAAGGAAUUCUGGGGAAAGCCAUAACAGACACCAGACAGAGCAUGGAAGCAAGGUUAACAAGGAGUCUGAUGAUUCCACUAUUGUGCCUCCCAAGUGCCCAUUUGGAUAUGAUUCUCAGACAUUUAAGUUGGGCCCUCUCAGCUGCAUUAUUUGCCAAGCCCUUCUCUUUGAAAGUAGCAAAUGUGUUCCUUGUUCUCAUAAGUAUUGCAAAGCAUGUAUAUCAUGCUUUAAGGACUGUCCAAUCUGUGGUGCUGACAUAGAGAAGAUUGAACCUGACAUGGAUCUUCAAGAUGUAGUUGAUCGCUUCAUUGAUGGUCAUGCUAGAAUCAAGAAGCCACAGUUGAAGACAGAUGUAAAAGAUGAAGGAAAUCAAAAUAGAACUGUGUUAUAUGAGGAUGUAUCUUUGGAGAGGGGUGCUUUCUUGGUUCAACAAGCUAUGAGGGCAUUUAGGGCGCAGAAUAUAGAAAGUGCCAAAUCAAGACUAAACAUGUGUGCAGAGGACAUCAGAGAGCAGUUAGAAAGAUUGGGUAACACCUCAGAGCUGUGUUCACAAUUAGGUGCAGUUCUUGGGAUGCUUGGCGACUGCUGUCGAGCGAUGGGAGAUGCUGCGUCUGCAAUUAAUUAUUUUGAAGAGAGUGUUGAUUUCCUUUCAAAGAUUUCAAUGGAUGACUUGGAGGUGACACACACAGUCUCUGUUUCCCUUAAUAAAAUUGGUGACCUUAAAUACUAUGAUGGAGAUCUGCAAGGUGCAAGAUCUUAUUACUAUCGAUCUUUGGAUGUUCGGCGUACUGCUAUCAAGGAUCGUUCGGAUGCCUCUUCCCAGAUUUUGGAUGUGGCUAUUUCUCUCGCCAAAGUUGCUGAUGUAGACAGGAAUCUUGGAAAUGAGGACUUGGCUAUAAAUGGAUUUGACGAAGCCAUAAAAUGUUUGAAGUCUUUGACACUGGAUUCUAAUCAGACUGCACUUGACAAACGGAGGCUUUCAGUGCUCGAGUUUGUUCAAAACCAGUUAGCAGAGAAUACUUCCACUACUUCAGUUUGAGGUCUCCCUGUUUCCCCUUUUGGAACUUAAAAAGUUGUCAUAUUUCGUCUACAAUUGUCUCAUUCGGAAGCUCGUGUCAAGUAAUCAUGCUACUGGUUCAACUGCAUUCUACUCACAGUUUGUUGUUCCAAAUACACAGUUGAUUAAACAUGGCCUACUUCAUAACUCUCUAAGACCAAAAAAUGUAUAUGCUUUGUAUAGUGAAUAAAUUACUAGAUUAGUUCAACUAAUAUUGGCAUAUUUGCUAUAGUAGAAU